AUGUUUGCUUAUAGCAAGUCUGGUGAUGAUCACUGGGGUUGUUAUUCCAAAGAAUCUUCCAAACAAACUGAAAGUUCUCUACAAGAAGACAGACACACAAGCAGACAGACUGACUACGCACAUCAUCGAGAUCCAUUAAUGGCUUCUUCAUCAAGCAGACAGACUGACUACGCACAUCAUGGAGAUCCAUUAAUGGCUUCUUCAUCUUAUCGUGCCCGGAGAAAAUAUGAUACUGAGCCUCCAUACAUUAAGGACGACGAAUUGCUGCCCUCGGCUAUUUCCAUUCCGUCGUCUUGCUUACCGAAGAUCGAUGUCUUGGCCAUUCCCCAGUACCCGAGUGUCAUUGCAUCAGAUCCUCCAGAAAGGAUUUCGAUUCUUUUUAGGAUAAAGGCGCCUUCAAUGUCAGAUUAUCCAGAUUAUCAUCCCCUGAAGCGUGCUGCUAUCGAUCUUGUCCUAGUACUGGAUUUUAAUGGAUACAUCAACAGGAAAUCAUUCGACCAUGUCAGAAAAGCUGUUGGUUUUGUUAUUGAUCAGUUGAGUUCAUCAGACCGCCUUUCGAUAGUGUCGUCUUACCCUAAAAAUAAGAAGGUUUUACCCCUCUGUUUAAUGACCGAUCAAAGAAAGGAAAACGCCAAACAAACUGUUAGUAAACUUGUCUUUACGAAAGGUCCAAUUGACGCUGUGAAAGUUCUAAGGAUGGCAGCUCGGGUGCUCGAGAAAAGGAGAUAUAAGAAUACAGUCGCAUUUGUUAUGCUCUUGUCUGAUAGGAGAGAUCAUUGCAUCACAUGGAAUCAUGAAUCGAGUAACCGAGAAAAGGCUAUAGAGUACUUGGAUAAGUUACCAUAUUCGAUCUAUCCUCUAUUCUCAAAAGAGAUGAACUCUAAUUUCUUCAAAUAUGACAUCUUUCCGGUUUAUGCCUUCGGUAUUGGUCCAUACCACGAGCCAGUUGGGCUGCACGCACUAUGUUCGGCAACCGGAGGGACUUACUCAUCGUUGGAAACCCCUGAGCUUCUCCCAGACGCAAUCGCCUGUUGCCUCGGAGGCCUUCUCAGCGUUGUAACCAUAGAAUUUAGUCUGACGUUUAAACAAGGAAUGGUUGAUGUUAAGAUUCUGGAACUCGAAUCCGGGGACUUCUACAGUAUCAUUCGCGAUACGGAAGGGACUUCAGCCGAUAUCAAAGUGGGGAACCUAUUCGCCGACGAGGUGAAAGAGUUUCUAAUCGAAGUAUCACUCCCUACACGUGAAAUUGAUGUCCUUCAAAACGAAUCGAUCCUAACCUUUCUCUGGGCGUACAAAGAUGCAGUGACAUACAGCGGUACAGAAGUCCAAUAUUGUCAUAUUGUAAACAUAGACCGAAAACUACGUUUGCCGUGGCCUAUGUCUCACUACGAAAGCAACGAAGUUAAGCGACAGAGUUUAUGCCUAUUGGCUGCAGAAAGGAUUAACGAGGCCUUAAAUAUUGCCCAAGCUAGUGAAGUGAAAACUGCGAGGGAGUUUCUAUCGAUUGUAGGAUCAGACAUAACCGAGAUAGGUUCUGUGGACAGCAGCCGUAAUUUGUGUCUUUGGAUUUUGGAUGGAAUGCGCGAAGUAGUUCGAAGAAUGAAGGGAGGUGAGGUAGCAUUUAAAAGAGGCGGGCACGCAUAUGUUCUAUCGAUCCUGAGUUCUUACGACACACAAAGGACCACGAUUACUGGCAGCCCAGUCCCCGGCACAGUCGAUCUCCAGAAUCAUCCAUUCCAGACACCCAAUACACUUGAAAUGGUGAGGAAGUCGAGAUUCGCGCAACAAGUUCACGGCAUUCGUAGGUAA